UGAUUACUUAAUUGCAUGGUACAUAUUAACUAUUUUUAAAUGUUGAUUUCAAUUGAACUUAUUUUUAUAAAAGGUACUAAUAAAUGUGGGCGUUGAGUGAUAAUUGUUUUAAUUACACAUUUCUUUAAAAAAACAAACAUUUCAAUGAGUACGUUUGGUGCAUAUUCGUCAUCGAUACUUUAACUAUUAACUACGAAUGAUUUACGUGAGCAUAUUUAUCAUCAUCGGUUUGGUUUUUAUUAUCAUGACACAUAUUAGUCGGUAAUUACAAGUAUCAUGUAGUGCGCAAGUAGAGCCAUCACACAAAUAACAACACAUCAUGAGUGACGUCCAUUUAGAAGACUUAUUCUAUGAGUGCGACCGAAAUGGCCAAGGAAAAAUUGGCCCAGAAGAAUUUCAAGAAUUAUGUGCUAAAUUUGACAUCGGACCCAGCGAUUCAGAUGUGAUAUUUUCAGACUUGGAUCGUGACGGUGACGGACAAAUAUGUUUGGAGGACUUUGCGUGGGGCUUUCGUGAUUUUUUAUCUCCUGGUAAACAAGACAAACCAGAUGAAAAUAGGGCUUGUGGAGAAUUGGAAAGAAGGAACUCACAAGCCUGGCUAAAUUUUGUAUCUGUUAUCGGAGAGCCAGCAUUAAAGAAAUUAUUCCAUACCAGUGGAAAAAAAUUAGCGGAUUUGUACAUGGAGAUUCAAAACUGUAAUCCAUCACCAGAACUUAUAACACAUUUUGAAGGAGCUUUAAGUUCAUUGAUGGAAGACGUGAAACGAUUACAUGAGGACAAUGAAAAACUCGAAAGCAUGUUUAAUCGUGAGCGUCAAACACAUCUAACAAGACUGCGAGGCUUAGAAGAAGAAAUAGAUGCGCAAGUUGCAAAAGUUGAAGCUCAAGCCAGAGAUGAAGCAAGAGAACAAUUUGAAUUUGAAAAAAAAGAAUUGAUGAAAAAAAUGGAAGCCGAAACAAUAGAGUUAAAAACACAUCUAAAAUUGUUUCAAAAGGUGAACACAGUGUUAAGCCAAAAAAAAGUAGACAAAAACGAUAUGGACGAGACUAUAGAAGAAUCAAGGGAACUGAGACGUAAAUUAAUUGACACACAAACUAAUUUGGCAGUAGUUCGUUCGGAAAUGGAAAAACUUCGAUCUGAGUACGAAAUUAAAUGCGAGGAAUUUAACAACAAAAUUCAAGUAAACAUCGAUCCUUUAGAAGAACAAAGUGGUGCACAAUAUACUAUAAAACGACUAAUGGAUGAUAUUGACAGCGGGCGAUCUACUCUUAUAGAAUCAAACAAUUAUUAUCAAAGGGAUCUACAAGAUGAGCUCUCGAGUGCAUCUUCAAUCAACGCACCUUACCAUUCAGCAAAAACGAUAGAAUUUGAGGAAAUGAGUUUAUCCGGUCGUGAUUCACAGAAUAUGAUGCAUUUUCACACACCAGCUAGUGCAAUGAGUAUAAGUAGUUAUGAUAUGAUCGGUGGUGAUCCAGAAAGAACAUAUAAAAUCGUAUUUGCCGGUGACGCGGCUGUUGGAAAAACGUGUUUUAUACAUCGUUUUUGUAAAGGCACCUUUUCAACCAAACUUGGAUCUACUUUAGGUGUUGAUUUCCAAGUUAAGACAAUCAGAGUUGAUGAUCGAAAUGUAGCAUUACAGUUAUGGGACACGGCUGGACAAGAAAGGUUUCGUUCCAUUACAAAAGCAUAUUUUCGGAGAGCAGAUGGAGUCAUUUUACUUUAUGAUGUAACUAAUGAAAGAUCUUUCAUCAAUAUUCGUCAAUGGGUUUUAUCGAUAACGGAAGUAUCUGAUAAACAGUUACCAAUUUGUAUUUGCGGUAACAAACUUGAUUUAAGACGAGAAGCAGAGUUGCAAGGACUAACGUGCGUGUCCACAAAUCACGGUGAACUUUUAGCUAAAGAUUACAACGCAGUAUUUUUUGAAACUAGUUCCAAACUUGGAACGAAUAUUAAUAACGCAUUGGUUACACUAUGCAGAGAAAUGUUGAUUAGAGAAGAUGUUGACAUUCAAACGUCUGCUUUGUGUAUCGCAGAACAAAAACCAAGGUUUGCUCCAGGUUGCUGUUAAUAACUACAUAUAUACAUAUAUUUAACUACCUUUAAACUCUUUUAUUAUACUUUUUAAAUAAUUAAGACAUUAUUACCUACUUGCUCUACAGUAAUAUAACACUAUAUUAAUAAAAUAUUUUGUUCGACGUAAUUAUAGUAAAAUCUAAUUAUAAUAAAAAAAAAAUAUGAUAUGGCUU